AUGGAGGACCAAGUGCACAAGCCUCAUCGCAAGGCGAAGGAUAAGAAGGGAAAGCAGCACACCGGAGAGAAGAACCCCAAGGCCUUUGCCUUUUCUAACCCCGGAAAGCUUGCAAGGUCGGCCGCGAGAUCUUCAGAUAUCAAAGAAAGACGCUUCCAUGUUCCCCAAGUCGACCGCCUCCCCGAUGAGCCGCCACCGAGGCUGGUCACCAUCGUGGGACCGCCCGGUGUCGGCAAAACGACCCUUCUCAAGUCCCUGAUCCGACGAUACGCGAAGGAGACGCUUUCCGAUCCCCAAGGCCCCAUAACCGUCGUCACCUCCAAGAAGCAGCGAUUGACCUUUGUCGAGUGCCCCAAUGAGCUCGAGGCCAUGGUCGACAUGGCCAAGAUCGCCGACAUUGUCCUCCUCAUGAUCGACGGCAACUACGGAUUCGAGAUGGAGACAAUGGAGUUCCUCAACAUCCUUGCCGCCACCGGUAUGCCCGGCAACGUCUUCGGCAUCCUCACCCAUCUCGACCUGUUUCGGAAACCCCAGGCGCUCAGGGACGCCAAGAAGCGACUCAAGAGAAGGCUUUGGAGCGAGCUGUACCAGGGCGCGCACCUCUUCUACCUCUCCGGAGUCAUGAACGGCCGCUAUCCCGACCGAGAAAUCCACAACCUCUCGCGCUUCCUGUCCGUCAUGAAGAACCCCCGCCCCCUGAUCUGGAGAAACUCCCACCCGUACACCAUCAUCGACAGCUACCGAGACAUCACCCAUCCCACCAAGAUUGAAGAAGACCCCAUGUGCGACCGUUCGAUUGUGCUGUCGGGAUACUUGCGCGGCACCAACAUGACACAACAGGGGCAAAGAAUUCAUGUCCCGGGACUGGGCGACUUUACCGUGGCGAACCUCGAGGUCAUGCCCGACCCUUGCCCCACCCCGGCCAUGGAGCAAGCCAUCGCCAAGGUGACCGGCAAGACGACGCGGCGACGCCUCGACGAGAAGGAAAAGAAGCUCCAUGCGCCCAUGUCCGACCGCAGCGGUCUCAAGAUUGACGGCGACGCGAUCUGGAUCACGAGGGAAAAGGGCUUCACUUUUGACAGGGACGCGGAGGACGGCGAGAGGGGCGAGGGCGAGGAGCUCAUUAUCGGCCUCCAGGGCGAGCGAAAGCUGCUGGGCCAGACCGAGGAAGGCGUGCAGCUCUUCAAGGGAGGCGAGCAGCUGAAGCAAGUGGCCGAGGAGGAAGACAGCGGCAGGAAGACGCAGCGUCACGCGCGUUUCGCGGACCGCGACGAGGAAUCCGACGCCGAAAUCGAUGACGAGGGCUUCGUCAGCGGCGAAGACGAGGGCGAGUCCGACGUCGAAGAGGAGUUCAACGAGGGCAAGCUAGGCAAGAUGUUCCGGAAGAACGCCGACAAGGACGCUCAAGAAGACGACAUUGCCUUUGCUGACAGUGACUCGGAUCUCGGCUCAAUAUCGGGGCUUGAAGACGAGGACUCGGACGAGGACAUGGACGACGAAGACUUUGAUUCGGACGAGGAGGCAGCGGCCAUGAAAUGGAAGGAGAACAUGGCAGACCGCGCAAAGAAGCUUCACGGCAAGCGACGCUCGUAUCACACACCGGACCUGGCCAGGUUCAUGUACGACGAGUCCUUGUCUCCCGACGAAGCGCUGCAGAAGUGGCGCGGCGAGGACCAACAGGAGGAGGACAUUGAAGCAGAAGAGGACGACGACUUUUUCCAAAAAUCCAAGCAGGACAAGGAAGACAAGGUCGAGGACAGAUCGAUACCCCUGUACGACUACGAAGACCUGGCGGCGAAAUGGUCACAGGCGGCCGCUGUCGAAGCUCUUAGGAAGCGCUUCACCACGGCGGGCGUGCGUGACGACGAUGGAGACGACGACGAGGGUGGUGAUGACGACGACGAGUUUGACGGCAUCGACGAUGACGAGGACGACGAAGGCGACGGCGUCUUUGAGGACCUCGAGACCGGCGAACAGCACGGAGGGGACGUCGAAGAGCCCACAGAGGCAGAAGUGUUCGAGACGGAGCGUGAAAAGAAUGCGAAGCGCAAGGAGGAGCUCAAGCUACGGUUCGAGGAGGAAGACCGCGAGGGUUUCAUGAACGACAAGGCCAAUGCCCGGCGAGAGGGCGGAGAGCAAGAGUUUGGCGAGGACGACUGGUACGAGGCGCAAAAGGCCGUCAUCCAGAAACAGCUCGACAUCAACAAGGCGGAAUUCGAGACCCUGGACGAGAGGCAAAGAGCCGCCGUCGAGGGCUACCGGGCCGGCAAGUACGCCAAGAUUGUGCUCGAGGGCGUCCCCGCCGAGUUUGUCGAAAAGUUCAACCCGCGCAACCCCAUCAUCAUCGGCGGCCUGUCGCCUACCGAGGACCGCUUCGGCUUCGUCCAGGUCCGCAUCAAGAAGCACCGCUGGCACAAGAAGAUCCUCAAGACCAACGACCCCCUCAUUUUCUCCCUCGGCUGGCGGCGGUUCCAGACCAUGCCCAUCUACAGCACCUCCGACUCGCGGACGAGGAACCGGAUGCUCAAGUACACCCCGGAGCACACUCACUGCUUCGCUACCGUGUACGGCCCACUCAUCGCGCCCAGCACGGGCUUCGUGUGCUUCAACUCCUUCUCGCCUGAGAAUCCGGGCUUCCGGAUCGCCGCGACGGGCACGGUGCUCAGCGUCGACGAGUCGACCGAGAUUGUCAAGAAGCUCAAGCUCACGGGUACGGCCGACAAGAUCCACAAGAACACGGCCUUUAUCAAGGGCAUGUUCAACACGGCGCUCGAGAUUGCAAAGUUCGAGGGCGCCUCCAUCAAGACGGUCUCGGGUGUCCGCGGCCAGAUCAAGCGUGCCCUCUCUAAACCCGAGGGCCACUUCCGCGCCACGUUCGAGGACAAGAUCCUGUACAGCGACAUUGUCUUCCUCCGCGCGUGGUACCCGAUCAAACCCCACCGCUUCUACAACCCGGUGACGAACCUUGUCGGGUGGCAGGCGAUGCGCCUGACGGGCCAGGUGCGCCGCGACCAAGGCAUCGACACGCCGCUCGAGAAGAACAGCCAGUACCGCAAGAUUGAGCGCGAGACGCGCCACUUCAACCCGCUGCGCGUGCCCCGCGCCCUCGCGGCCGAGCUGCCGUUCAAGUCGCAGAUUGUGCAGGCGCGCAAGCAGAAGAAGGAGACGUACAUGCAGAAGCGCGCUGUGGUGCUCAACAAGGAGGAGAAGACGGCGCGCAACCUGCUGCAGCAGCUGUCGACGAUCCGCAACGAUAAAGUGGCCAAGCGCGCCGCCAAGAAGGAGGAGAAGCGCGCAGAGUACCGCAAGAAGGUGGCCGACUCGGACGAGAAGAAGGAGGCGAGGGAGAAGAAGGAGAGCAAGGAGUUUUGGCGCAAAAACGGUCGCAAACGCCAGGCGCCGGAUGAAGGCGGCGGCGGAGGCGGCGGUCAGAAGCGCAGCAGGAAGUAA